AAAUAUAUGGGUUUCCGAGCAUGUGUUGUCUGUCUGUGGACUUUCAAUGCAAAGUAGGACAAUGAUUGGACUUGAAUAGCGAGACACACACAGAUGCUGCUGCAUCGGCAGCGAGGAUCUAUCUUUAACUCACCGAUGGCGGCCAUUUGGAGACCAACAAUUGAUUGAUAGCCACGUCAGGUUCUACACAUAAAAUUCAGGGAUUGCUGGGCGGCCUGUUCAUCUCAUCUUCUGCUGAAGCCAAGUAUCGACUUCGCUGUCAGUCUCGUCACCCACCACCACCACCGCCACCGCCACUCGUUUGCUACCGACUCUUCCACUCCCUAAAGGCGAAAAGAACUUUGUCAUCGCCUUCCUCGUCAACAAUAGCCGCUGCCUCCGCCCUGCUGGGAAAGAAGAUCCAAGCAUUAGCGUGCCCUUAAAGAGGUGGUGCUCAUAAUUUGCAAUUCAAGAGGCACCUUCGUCCUCCCCUGCCUCUCUGUUCUCUUCUCAGGUGACCCUUGUGUCUCUGUUUUCUUCUUUGACUGAAGCCCGUCAAACUUGUAUGCAUGCGGUGAGUUCCAGGAUCUAAGCCAACGAUGCUAUCUGGUCUAGCUCUUUCUGCUUGUGCUCCUCCUACCAGAACCGGUUCGGAAGUACUGAUACUGAUCGACUCAGCGCCGCCAACCUCGACGCGGAAGCCAAUUCUAUGAAGAUGGCGAUAAGCGUUCUCCAAGUUGCUAAUCGGUCGCAUCGCCGCUUGAUGAAUUCGCCUCCACAAACAAACACCACCGAUGGAGGGAGCCAAAAGAAAUCGAGUUCAUCCGCAAUGCCAAUCAUGGUGUCGAUUCUUGUAGUGGUCAUCGUCGGCGCUUUGAUCUACUGCAUAUAUUGCUGGAGGUGGAGAAGACGCAACGCUGUGAGAAGGGCUCAGAUCGAGAACCUAGGUCCCAUAUCAAGCUCAGACCUGUCCGUGAUCGAUCUUUCCACAAUAGAGGCAGCCACGGAUAACUUCUCCGAGGACAAGAAACUCGGUGAAGGUGGAUUCGGCCCUGUAUACAGAGCGGUGCUCCGUGGAGGACAGGAAGUUGCUGUUAAGAGGCUGUCGACGAAAUCCAGGCAAGGUAAUGUGGAGUUCAAGAAUGAGGUGCAGCUGAUUGCGAAACUCCAGCACCGGAAUCUUGUGAGAUUGUUGGGUUGCUGCGUGGAGAGGGAUGAGAAGCUUCUCAUCUAUGAAUACCUUCCCAAUAGGAGUCUCGACGCCUUCCUAUUUGAUCCGAGCAGGAGGUCUCAGUUGGACUGGCGGAGGCGAUACGUCAUCGUUGUGGGAGUGGCGAGGGGGCUUCUCUACCUCCACGAGGACUCCAUGCUCAGGGUCAUUCACAGGGACCUGAAAGCCAGCAAUGUUUUGCUGGACAACAGGAUGAACCCCAAGAUAUCGGACUUCGGCAUGGCAAAGAUCUUCGAGGGAGAAGACCACGAAGUCAACACGGGCAAAGUCGUGGGAACCUAUGGCUAUGUGGCUCCGGAGUCCGCGAUGCAAGGUACGUUCUCUGUGAAGUCCGACGUCUUCAGCUUUGGGGUUCUCCUGCUAGAGAUUCUGAGCGGGGAGAGGAACGGGGGAUCACACGUUCAGCGACAUGGCCAGACACUCCUCAGACAUGCAUGGGAGCUGUGGGACGAUGACAGAGCCUCGGAGUUCAUGGAUCCAUCGCUGGGAGACUGCUACCCUACGAACGAAGCAAGCCGCUGCUUCCACGUCGGGUUGCUGUGCGUGCAGGAGAACCCGGAAGACCGACCCACCAUCUCGUCGGUGCUGGUGAUGUUGAAGAGCGAACAGAUGCCGCUGCCGCCGCCGAAUGAGCCGCCAUCCUUCACGAGGCUGAGGACGACUCCCGACUCCCGCAAGUCCUCCGCUGCAAGAUCUGAUUCACCCACAACGCAUUCUCUGAAUCAGGUGACCGUCACGUCCAUCGAUCCACGGUAGCACCCGAUCCAUCGAUUCACGUGGGCGAACAUUUUGGCCGCAACUUUUGAGCGUCAUCGAAUCAGUUUGCAAGAGUAAACAACAUGUUCGAUUGCAUGUAAUAGAUAGAUACGCUGCACUUCGCAUUGGAUCUUAAAAGUGAUCUUUGACACUGCA